AUGACCAGGAGCUGCAGCUUGUCUAGUUGCUCCCUCAUUCUCCUCCUCGUUCUCGACUUGUCUUGCUGUGUUCCGCAGCCAUUGAGCCAGACCCCGAGCGCUGACGAGAAGGUCAAGCACAAAGAUGUGUGCAGGACACGUGAUAUCGAAGCCAUCUACGCUCGUGAAGGGCUUGCAGAGUUCUUCCGAGUCCAUGAUAACGAGCGGAGACUUCAUGAGGAAAGGCCUUGGCAGAGGAAGUCAAGACGGUUUCUUGCUUGCAAACCGAUGGGUGGGAUUGGAAACUACAUCAGCGGUUUGAUGUCAUGCCUGGCUAUGGCUAUGGCCACGAACAGAAGCCUGUUGCUGGCAAAGCCUCCUCCCACUCCUCCUGAAAAGACCACAACCUAUGAUGUUCCAGUAUCACAAAUGUUUGACUUCCCGGUCAACAUGUCUCUUGGAAUCUUUGGUCCUGUGGAAGACAUCCCAUUCUUGGUGGACAAAGAUGGAAAUGCUCAGGAGACAGCUGACUUACAGAUGAUAGACAUACGUUCCCAUGAUCUUCUUUGCAUCAACUUCUCAUCUGUUUACCACAAACCGAUUGUGGUGAUGCCUGCACAUCUGUGGUUGAGCGCGAUCACAAUGAACAAGUUCCAUUCGCCAUGGUUUCAAGAGCAUUACGGCGUCGACCGCCACGGUGUUGUGCCGUUCGUACAGAAGGUUGGCCCAAGUUUCGUCCGUCCGAAACGGGAGCUUCAAGCUUUGAUCGACCAGCUCUGGGGGUUUCUGACCAAGGACGUCAAUCUUAACAAUGUCAUCGGCCUUCAAGUCCGUGUGGGCAUGCCCAUUGACACCAGAGCUUACAACGACAGGCCUCCACCGGGUUCUGCUCCCGAGUUUGUCCGAUGUGCCUACUCCUACAUGUCGGCGCCAUGCAAGGAGAGGCCUUCGGCAUGGAUCAUCGCAGCAGACCAGAUGCAGAGCAAACGCGAAAUCAUCGUACAGAUUGCUAUCAACGAAGGCCCCGUGGUUGCUGCUGCAAACGAGGAGGGUCUCAGAAACACUCUGGGCAUUCCCGCUGAUUUCUUCGCGCACGACGGCAAACUCUCUCCUCCGGCUGGCACUAUCAAGCAGUUGCCUUUCUCUGAAGCUCUGGCCCAGCUCGGGUUCGCUUUGCUGGAGUUUGCGUCCGGUGCGAGGGCGCUGGUCUUGGCCUCGUCCUCUCCUAUGAGCACCAUCAGUAGCAUGAGGGCAGCGGUUGUCGAAAUGUUCCUCCUAAAGCUGGCCGAUCUUCUGGUGAUCACUGAGAACUCGACAUUCUGGAUACCAGCUGUUGCCUUCGUUCCAAGGAGACGCUGGGGGGACGGAGAGAAGGAGCAUCGUUGUAAGGAGCGAGGAAGGAGCUGUUGCGAUGAUGGUGUGUACAUCAUGACAACGACUAGGAGGUUGUGUUGGACCUCUAGCUCUCUCACAAACUGA